ACCCGUGCUGUUCAUUUCUCUUCCCAAACGCGAUUCUCCUCAUUCUUGUUUCCCGCUCAUUUUCGAAAAAAAAACCCCUAGAAAACCCCAUUUCAUCUUCAACCGAAAACAGGCCGUCCAUCUGAACAUCACCUCCAUUUCUGACCGUCGAAAUUCAAAAAAGAAAAAGGGAAAAAAAGUAGACCGUUGAUUUUUACGCCUGUUUCUACUGAGAUCAGAGAUCAAUGGAGAGAAACACGAGAGUGGUUGGGCCACCAUUCGCUCUCACUCCACACAAGGUCUCUGUCUGCAUCCUCGUCACGAUUUACGCGCCGCCAGCUCAAUCUGCAGUCCCCUUUCCGUUCUCGUCGAUCCCCCAGCACAACCGCCUCGGCCUCUUCUUGUUAUCCAUCAUCAAGUCUUGCGACGAUUUUUUGGAGCCACCGCUGGAUGAACUUACAAGUCAGCUGAAGGCAGUUGAUGGUUUACUCCAUGAUUGGUUGGGUCAGCAUUUAACGAGUCGGCUCACAUCUCUAUCUUCACCUGAUGAUUUGUUUAACUUCUUCAGCAAUCUGCGAGGUGUACUUGCAACCCCUGAAAUGGGCAAUGUGGAGGAUGAUCAGAUAUUUUUGGAUCCAAAUAGCCACUUGGGAAUGUUUCUACGCCGUUGCAUAGUGGCCUUUAAUCAAUUGUCUUUUGAGGGCGUGUGUCAGCUUCUGACCAAUAUUGGGACAUAUUGUAAUGAAGUCUCAAAUGAUCCUCCUUAUGAGUUGCCUGAUGAAGACAAUUUCAAUAAUGAAUCAGACCUAUUGGAGGAUGAGGACCUGGAUCUUGAAAGUUAUGCUUUUGAGAAAAACAGGCAUGAAUUUGAAGCUGGAACAAGUGUUGGAGAAAGUCCUAAAUUUCAUAUGCAUGCGCCCAGGUCUCUUUAUGGACUAGUUGAAGAUGUCCAGAUUUCUGUUGACUCCCAGUUUAAACACAGUGAUGAUAGUCCGCAAGGUAGUGACUUUGUAUGCCCUCUAAAUGACGCACUGAGAAAUGAUGAUCACCAUGGGGGGCUGUUCUUACGUACAAACUGGCAAGUCCAAGGGUACCUAAGGGAGCAGGCCGACUUGAUUGAGAAGCAUGCCAUCUCAUUCCCAUUGAAUGCAUUCGAGGCCAUCCUACUGCAGCUUCAGAAGCUAGCUCCAGAGCUGCAUCGUGUCCACUACUUGCGGUAUUUGAAUAGUCUUUACCAUGAAGAUUAUCCGGCUGCUUUGGAAAAUCUUCAUUGCUAUUUCGAUUAUAGUGCAGGGAUAGAAGGAGUAGAAGGUGGUACAUCUUCUUCCCCUCUUGAUGAUUCUGUUGGAAGGUAUGAAACUGCUUUAUUGUGCUUGGGCAUCAUGCACAGUCAUUUUGGGCAUUCUAAUCAAGCUUUAGAGGCCCUAACUGAAGCGGUUCGGAUUUCUCAACAGAAUAGCAAUGACUUUUGUCUUGCAUACACUUUAGCAGCCAUUUGCGACCUCUUGUGUGAAAUAGGUAGCUCAAGCAAAGCUGGAAUAAUUGGGUCAACACAUUCACCUGUGACCAGUACUGGUUUAGGUACUUCGUUGUCCACCCAACAACAAUUACUUGUGCUCUUACAAAGGUCUCUUAAGAGAGCAGAAAAUUUGAAGCUAACACGCUUAGUGGCUUUCAAUCGUCUUGCUUUGGCGAAAUUGGAUCUUAAGCAUGUGAAAAGACCACUGCUAUACUUCGGUCCCAAAGCUCCCACAAAGCUCAGAACAUGCUCAACUAGUGUUUGCAAGGAGCUACGAUUAAGUUCUUAUUUGCUUAGUGAGUUUGUAUCAGAUGAGACGUUGCUGACUGUUGAUGGUGCUUUUAGCACUUCAUGGCUCAAGAACCUACAGAAAUUGAGGUCUUCUUCAGUAUUGUUGCAUGAGAGUGGAUCUGGAAGUGAUUAUGAUUCAUUCCACUUUGGUGCGCAGCCAAAUCCUAUUCCUGGGUCUGUAUUGCAAUUGGCGGGUGCAUCAUACUUGCUCAGAUCUACUUCCUGGGAGCUGUAUGGCAGUGCCCCAAUGGUUCGAUUAAACGCAUUGGUCUACGCAACUUGCUAUGCUGAUGCUGGAAGCUCAUCAGAUGUAUCAUUGGCAUAUGCCAAACUCAUUCAACAUCUAGCAGUAUUUAAAGGAUACAAAGAAGCCUUUAAUGCCCUGAAGUUGGCUGAAGAGAAGUUCUUGUCCGUCUCGAAAUCACGUAUACAGAUACUAAAGUUGCAGUUGCUCCAUGAGCGUGCUUUACAUCGAGGACAUCUGAAACUGGCCCAACAAUUAUGCGAUGAAUUUGGAGUGCUGGCUUCCUCUGUAACCGGAGUAGACUUGGAGCUGAAAACUGAAGCUAGCCUCCGCCGGGCCCGUACACUACUUGCAGCCAACCAGUUCAGCCAGGCAGCAGCUAUCGCACAUUCUCUGUUCUGCAUGUGCUACAAAUUCAACUUGCAGGUCGAAAAAGCCACUGUUCUUCUCUUACUGGCAGAAAUCCACAAGAAAGCAGGCAAUGCAGUUUCAGGCCUCCCAUAUGCUUUAGCAAGCCUGUCAUUUUGCCAGUCAUUCAACUUGGAUCUGCUGGAAGCGACGGCCACUAUGACCCUCGCUGAAUUGUGGCUGUCUCUUGGACCUAACCAUGCGAAACGUGCGUCGACCCUAAUACAUCGGACUCUUCCAAUGAUUCUUGGUCAUGGUGGAUUGGAGCUAUGUGCACGAGCCAAUAUUGUAGUUGCAAAAUGCUAUCUAUCAGAUCCGAGCUUUUCAGUCCUGGAUGAUCCGGAAAUCGUGCUGGAUCCUUUAAGACAAGCUGCUACGGAGCUUCAAAUUCUAGAGUAUCAUGAACUGGCUGCUGAAGCCUUCUACCUGACGGCCAUAGUCUACGACAAGCUUGGGCAACUAGAGCGGAGGGAAGAAGCUGCGGCUUCUUUUAAGGAACACAUCCUUGCACUCGACCAUAUACAGGAUACUGAGGAUCCGCUCAUGCAUGGCUUGUGAAAAAUCAUGCAUAAACACGUGUUCCGCACCGGCAGAUAUGUAACAUCUUCACGUGUCUUGCUGUUGUUUAUGGAUGAACUUCAACGGGAGUUUCUUGACAGAGAUCGAUGGGGAUUGAAAACACUGUAAAUUGCAGUGGUGUAUUGGAAGAAAGGGAAAAUAAAACGAUGCUGUGGAAAUUCCGUUUUCCUGGUGAUUCUGGGUAUAUAUGCAAGAAUUUGAAAAUUUGAAUUUUGCA